AUCAUGAAUCAAAGAAGACUACAAGAGAAGCAAAGUGGCUCCUGGAUUUAUCAUUUCUAUGAAAUUUAAUAACAAAUUCUAUUCUUCCGAGACGUGAUAUGUUUUGUCUCUAUAUAUAUUGCUACCCCGUUCCUCUUUCCUCUCAUACUUUCCUUCCUUCCCUUCUCUUCCCUUCUCAGCGCUCUCCUUCUCCUGCUCCGCCAUUGAAGCUUCUGCCAUAACGCUCUUAUUUGCGCCUCCUCAAAGAAAAGCCAACACCCACUUCUCUACUCUUACUGAUUUAAGCAACUCAAGAAUCAUCUAUCCCAAGCCGUUAAGAUGGCAACAGAGCAAUACUUUGAAGAUGCUGUGGUCCAGUCUAAUUCCAGUGGAGACGCUAAAUGUUCCUUCGGAAAAUGGAAUCCUGUUUCUGAAGUCCCAGAUACUGAAAACAAGUCAUGUGCUAACUUCGACUGCAGCAUUUGCUUAGACUCUGUGCGCGAUCCGGUGGUUACCCUCUGUGGUCAUUUAUACUGCUGGCCUUGCAUAUACAAGUGGAUUCAAUUCCAGACCCCUUCUUCGGAAAGCCAAGAGGACCAAAAACAGCCACAGUGCCCUGUUUGCAAAACUGAAGUCUCUGAAUCCUCUCUAGUCCCACUUUAUGGUCGUGGUCAAACAACAAAGCCCACAAAGCCAUCUAAAGGCAAGCCUCCCCAUCUUGGUAUAGUCAUUCCAAAAAGACCUCUCGCUCCUUGCGCGGUUGACACACCACGAACCCCAAGUACCAGCCCUUAUAGUAUUCAGCGAAGUCAUCCUUAUCAAUCCCAAAUAAACAGCCCUUUAGGAGGUAGCUAUACAGCAGCUUCACCAAUGCAUAGUCCUGGUGAUACAUCAACACAAGUCUUCAAUCCGAUGGUCGGCAUGUUUGGUGAAAUGGUGUAUGCUAGGGUGUUUGGUAACUCGAUAACAAAUGUUUACACUUACCCGAAUUCGUAUAAUCUUACUGGCAGCACUAGUCCGAGGGUGAGAAGGCAUGUAAUGCAGGCUGAUAAGUCACUCAACAGAAUGUGUUUAUUUCUGUUUUGUUGCUUCUUGUUGUGCCUAAUUUUGUUUUGAGCAAAGUUUUUAGUUGCUCAUGGUAUACAUGUAAAUUAAUUGAGUAUAUGUGUGAAAUAUAUGCGGAUUAAACCAGAUG